CUUAGUAUAAAACCGGUUGCCUUUGUGCAUUAAUCACUUAGAUUAGGUUAGGAUACCUAAUCAAAGAUUUUUCGUGGAUUCAAAGAUCACAAUGUUCAACACAUUUCUAGUGUUACCCGUUGUCAUUUUACGUUUGACAGCAGCUGUUUUGUGAUUUUUAAGCACAGCUCUUUGCUAUUGAUCUGUGGUGGUGACCUUGAUUUGUUAGCUAAAAAUUAAAAGCUAAGGAAAACUAAAAUUUUCAAAAUCUUAGCAAUGCGUUGCUGUGUGCCCUUCUGCAAAACCACUUCGGAGGUCGUCUCCGAAUCCGAGGAGAUUACAUUUCACGAGUUCCCCAGCGAAGUGCAUCUCCGAGCUGCUUGGCUCAGAGCCCUCGGCAAACAAGACACUCUCCUGCCAGAGCGUGCUGUGGUCUGCUCGCAGCAUUUUCUAAACGAUGACAUUUAUGAAACAGAAAGUGGCUCAAGGCGGAUUCGUACUGGUGCUGUCCCCUCACCAGUGCUGGUCUGCAUGAUAUGCCUGGACACUCGCAGCAAGCUGUUUCUGAUGAGUAAAUACAAGCUGGAAGAAGCAUAUGAACAUUUAGUGGGACAUCCUUUGUGUGGUCAAGGAAAGCUCAAACCAACGCUUUGUGUGCAAUGUGCCCAGAGACUGGUGAACUUUAGCACAUUCAGAGACAAGAGCUUGAGAGCGCGCUCCCUGAUGAUGGAGCUACUUGACAGACAUGAAGUGAUAACAAUACGACACGUCAAAUUGAUAAGCCGUGUAAAGUACCAACUACAGUCUGACAUUGUCUCGGCAGUGUCAGAGCCCGACUACUGCGAUGUGUACAUAGCACACUCCGACGCGGACGGACGGACAGAACUAGACGCGACUGCGACUGCCGCAACUGAUGAAGCAGUUGCAGUGAAACGGGAAGUUGAAGACCGUGAAGAUGAUGAAGACGAGCCAGUUGUGGCCGAAACACAGGCUCCCACCGCGCACAUUAGUCGCAAGCGAGAGUCGUCGGAAGACUGCGAUCAAGCUUUUGUCGCUCCUUCGGUUCUCGCGACCAACCACGGAAACGAAGAACAUCCAACUGAUAAAGACGACGAGUUGGGUAUAUUGUCUUUCGACAAUAAUACAAACACUUUUGAAUAUUCAACGAAACCUCAGGACUCCGAACUAAAACCAAAGGAAACCUUUACAAAAAUAAGUGAUAAUAUCAAUUUCCGAACGACGAGGCGAAACAAACACAAUUCCCAGGAUAUAUCCGGUACACAGUUAGGAAACUAUACUGACCAGAUACAGUAUAUCUGUGACGUUUGCCAAAAGAUAUUUCAACGGAAAAGUUCCUUAGUUACCCACAUUAGGGCGCACACUUACGCAAACACUCUCUCAUGUAAGUUAAGAAAGCGCAAAUUCUGUCAAAAUAGUACGUCAUCGAGCCCCAGGAGGACACACACUGGCGAAAAGCUUUUUGUUUGUAAGUUGUGUGAUUAUAAAUGUACAGUUAACAUUAGUUUAGUGAGGCACAUGAGGACUCACACUGGCGAAAAGCCUUUUGUUUGUAAGUUGUGCGAUUAUAAAUUUACACAAAACAGUACUUUAGUGACACACGUGAGAACUCACACUGGCGAAAAGCCUUUUGUCUGUAAGUUGUGCAAUUAUAAAUGUACACAAAACAGUAGUUUAGUGAGUCACAUGAGGACUCACACUGGGUAAGCUCCUCGGCUCUUGCUUGUAAGCUAAGCAAGGACAGCUGUCGCGGAACUGCUAGUUCGCUCUGAGGCGUCCUGUACAUGAAGCCGGAGCCGCACCGUGAGUUAGUGUAAACAAAUAAGAAUCGCAUAUGAGUCGUAGCGAGUUACGUAAGCGGCAGCUUGCAGGGUGCACUGAGGGAAACGAAGGCUAUUUACUUCCUCAUUUUAUUCUUAACCUAGCUUGUACUUAAGGUGACAAUACAGUUCACCUACUGAAUUAAUGAGUACCUUAUUAACUAAAUCUUCAGUUUUCAUAUGUACUGAGAUGUUGGUUACAUUGGGAUCACGUGCAGACGCGAGCGAAAUUGAUGGUAAUGCUAUGCGCUGGUGUUACAAGGUUGUGCUGCGUCGGCGAAUUGCCCCACGUAGUAGAUAUACGUAACUGGUUUCAUAUCGCAUUCAGAAUUUAAAAUAAUAAACCGUUUACCUACGAAAUUAUUACAUAUAAAGUACUAUUGAUGAAUGAAUUGUUACCCAUAUUAUGUAAUAACUAAUAAACUAUGAUAAGUUUUUAUUGCAAUCCAUUGUUUAUGUAUGAUUAUUUGUUAAAAUACAGUGAUGGCGAAACAGGGAUUUUAAGUUCAGUCGGAUGCAACAGCUAGUGUAUAGUGACAGUUGUCAUAGUGAGCUAUGUGCAGCGCAUGUUACGCUAGUGCCGUCCAAGGGGCGCGCCGCUGUAGGUAUAUUUCUCGGGUCACGCAAGCCCGACCUGUCUGUACUUGAAAUUAUUGUAUUUAGAUUUUAAGCUAAUUUAUAAAGUUUUAUUUUAGAAACUGUAUGAAUUGUUAUAUGAUGUACCUACUUGACCAAUAAAUUAUGAUAAGCUUUUACUUUA